AUGCCAGUUGGAAACGGCGGCGCGUGGACCACAUACGCGGGAUCUGCAGUGAGUUGCGAUGGCUCGUGGGAUUUACGUGGGAAACUUCAAACCACGCGUGUAUACACGUGGUGGUGGAUUUCUCGCUGGGCUUCAUGCUCCAGACUCGUCUCGACCAAAUCUGGCGCCACCGAGGAGCUUCUCUGCCUCGUCCCCUGCGCUAAAGCCAGAGGAACCUUCCUCGCCUCUGUCACCUUCGUUCCCAAGAAUCCCCUCGCUGGAGUUUGCGAUAUGAACGUGCAUUUGCCGCUGGAGAGGGAGCUGUGUCCGUUUGAUCUCGCUCCGGUGACUUCCACGGCGAUUCAAAUUGUGUUUGGGGAUACGAUCGCCGUUGCGUUGAUGGCGGCGAGGAAUCUGACCAAGGAGGAGUAUGGAGCUAAUCAUCCUGCGGGAAGGAUUGGGAAGAGUUUGUAUUUCAGGUUUGGUCUUCUCAAAGUUAAGGAUGUUAUGAAGAAGAAAGAUGAGCUUCCGGUUAGUAAAGAAGGAGACUUCAUUAUGGAUCAGUUGGUGGAGCUGACUAGCAAAGGGUGUGGGUGUUUGCUUGUGGUUGAUGAAUGUCAUCGUUUGAUUGGUACGUUUACAGAUGGUGAUCUUCGUCGGACACUUAAAGCAAGUGGGGAAGAUAUCUUCAAACUCAGUGUUGGAGAAAUGUGCAACGUACAGGUGAGGGAAAUUUGUUGUUUGCCUAAUGAUUUGGUGGGAGCUGUUAGGCAAUCAGGUGAAACAAGUGCUUCGUUUGUGACCUCUGGAGGAACAAGAGCAGUUGUAAGGGCUAGUAGAGCUGCUGCGUUGCUAAAAUAUAAGUGGAAAGAUGCAGUUUUGGAUUUGCUAGCUUAA